AUGGCCGCUACUCCGUUCCCUCCACCUCUGGAUGGCAGCUUCUCGCAUUUUAAUAUUUUCAACGACGGCGGCGCUCCGAGAAACACACCACCUCCUGCAAAUCCUGGGCUGCCUGGAGGUCCGUGUAACUUUGUCGAUCUAAGUCAUGGGCCCAACGGCCCAAAAUGCGGCUGCCGCCGUUUCUGGGGCCGUCAGGUCGCCGGCGCAGGGGCGAACGCUACGGACCAGGCCGGCUGGUGCAUGUGCUCGCACCACGCCUGUUUCCAUGAUGAUGGCCACAAUACCCAGGUCGCAAUGGCGCCCCCUGCGCCAGUAAUGGAUAAUAUUCCAGGACAGGAGAACGAGAAGCCAAGGUCAAACAGGGCUCCACUGAGUCCCGUCCAGGAUUUUGCUUCAUUCCAGAUGCCAUCCAGUCUUGCGGGAGCCGCCAUGGAUUUCGCUGCACUCAAUUUUGAUUCCUUUGCGUCCAAUAGGGGAUUUAGCGCACCUGCGCCGCCGGCCAUCCCAUCUGUCCCGGCCCAUGAUAAUGAUUCCAUGCCGGAUACGCUGAGCUGGAGGAAUGUGCUCUCCACCCAAGGAUGUCCAACACCGCUCCCGCCCAUUCCGUCACAGUGUCUGAUCCCGGAUUCGCAGUCGGCCUCUACCACGGCGUCCAGCCAGAUGAGAUAUUUGCGACCGUUCGGUGGGGUGGGCCUCAACACACUAAGUAGUGUGACCCCAGCCAAGGAAGCCGCGCAAGUCGGCAAAGGUACUGAUGCCACGCCUGAAGCCAACGUAGAUGGCCAGAAUCAGGACGACGCCAUCACCAUUCCAUCUGGAGUGACUACUCCGACGCCUGGACCCUCUCAGGUAAAGGACACAGCCCCAGGGGUCUCCAACUCAGCUCUUAGCCCGGACAAUCAUGCUUUACAAAAUUUGAGCGAGGCUGUCGAGGACCACAGCCAACGACUCGACAAACUGGAAAACGGGUCAAUUUACCAUACAGCUCAUGAAGAUUGCUCGGACAAACAUGACAUGACCGAUCUCCGAGUGACAGAGCUCGAGACACGCAUGGAUGAUGCUGAGAGGAGGCUGAACGAUGAUACUGCCAGCACUGUCAGCACACGUCGCAUCACCCAACGUGACGAUGACGCCACGGUCAGUGAUGUGUCCAUAUCGUCCAAUGCGACAGUGAGGGCUGCUGAGCGUGCCGCUCUGACCAGCCACCUCGAGGCCCUACAAGCUCGGGUCAACAAGCUCGAGGCCUCUACACUACCGUCCUACACGUCUCCAUGGGAAGUGGAGGUUGUGCUCCUGCCAUUCCCUUUGAAGGGAGUAUGGUUAGAAGCACAGGAUUUCAAGACCCCUCGCCUGUCUGGCGGACGAGACGAGUGGACACCAGGGCCAAACACAAACAGCAGAGCGACACCCGAGCCUCGAGGCCUUGCGUCGUAUGACGACUGGGUGGGACAGGGUACGGGAUGGCUGUUGCCUAGAGCUUGUGCUCCGGGGAGGCUCAUCGAUCAGCGCCUUAAGAGCCGCGGUCUAAUCAAGAAAGUGCAAGUCCGGGGUGGCGACGCUCGCAGUGUGCAACUCGCCAUUGGGAAUGCCUUUCAAGACGUUCUGCGGAUGAGCCCCGAACCUACGAGUUCCAAAUCUCUAUACGCCUCAGACCUCAGAGUUCAUAGGUUCUUUGGGCUGCAGCAAUCUUGGGUACCUCUGCGCAAGGUCCACAAGGAUUCUCGCCUUCGAUUCCUAUCUCCUCCUGAACUUCUGACCCCUGCUUUGUGGAACGCGACGUUUUUGAUGGAUAGCGUAGUUAUGAAGGCUACAGGAAUGCAUCGGUUAUACAUCACACAUCCCGAAGCAUAUCUCCAGGACAAUCAAUCCCAGAGCUUCUUUAGUUCACAUCCUGGCUGGACGUGGCAGAAGCUUCGGGAACUCGAUCGUGUCUAUUCAGACUCACAGACGAGCAACGGCAGUUUCGAGGUCCCCGAGGCUGAUGCAAUGGAAGAGUAUUGGGCAUUCAACGCUCGUCUUGACGACAAUCCAAGCGCUCGACAGUCGAUCACGAGCAUUCAGCAAUCGCACGAGAAAGCGGUCAGCAUGUCCCGGACAACAGACGGGUCGACGGAGCAAUACUUUACGGUGCCUUCGCAUCCAACCUCGUCAAUGAUGAGUCCUGUGACAGCCCGAGGGCAAUCGCCAUUCACUCAGAGGGAGCGUCAACGCUCUAGGCCACCAUUCGUGCGAACUGGCUCAAUGCCGCCAGUCAGCGCUCCAAUCGUACACUCUCCCGCACGCAGCAGCCGUCGAAUGUCUUCAUUUGCCAUCAUGCCUCCCGGGGUUGGACCUAGUUACCAACGUCACGCAUCGCCCCUUGUUACCGGCCGUCCCAGUCCUCGCCUAUCGAUAGUCUCCAACGCGCCAGCAGUCGCCAUGAUUACCAAACACCGCCACCGCAAUACUCGCUCACCUUCUCUCCGGCUGCACAAUACACCGCGUUGGAGCAACAGGUCCUUCAGCCGCAGUCCAAGCGUCAAUCCGAUGCCGUUCCAACAUGCACACCCCGAGGAGCCCAUCCGGGGUGAUCGCCGUACAACGCCGAUGGCCUACAUGACUCCUUACAGUAAUGCUCCGCCAGAAUACCCAAACCAACUGCUCCACCCUAGCCGCAGUUAUCACGCGCACGGAGAUGAUGAGUUGAUGGAGUUCGACGACGACCACGGCAGCUCAACCGAUCCAUAUGGUGGAGAGAGUGAUGGCGACAUGGCAGACGAGGACGACCCUGAUGUUGACGUGUAUGAAGAUGAGGCAGACAUGCUAGAUGACUUGGAAAGCGGCUCAGAUGGACAUCAUCACCCUGCUGGGCAAUCACGACGUCACCGGGAACAGAAUCAAUCUUCGCAGCCCCGAGGGCCAGAAGACAUCCCCUGGCAAGGCAUUGAAGAUAAUAACAUGUCGGAUGGGGAGAACUUGGACCCGCGUGACGCUGAGGAUGACGGAGACCAUGCUGACGAUAGAAGCGAUGUGUCUUCGCAGCCAUCAGAGUACCCCAGUACUCAGAGGGCGUGGAGAGUACCUGAUGUGGGCGAGGGAAGAGAGAUGACUCACGCACUUGAGGACGAUGCCCCUGGAGGUAUAGGGUUCACUAUACAUGAGGAUCCGGAUGGCGAGGAGUCCGAACCCGAGGCGCAAAAUCUAUGGUGA